CACACACACACACCGCCACUGCAACGAAGACAGCUUGCUACUUACCCUGUUGACAUUUAGAAAUUCUUUAGAGAGAAAAGAAUGACUUAAAGAAGAAUGACUGUUAACUCUGAGUCCUGAACAGAAGGACCAAUACUAAAGAUCCUUUAAUGGUCCACGAGCCAUAGAUUGAGAAACUGUGAAGGGAAGCUGCAAUUACUUUAGUUCUGCAAUGAAAUAGCAAAAUUAUGCCAUUGAAAUAUAACAAGUAAAACAGGUUAGAGAACAUUCUACGAAAAAAAUGGUUUUGAAAUAAAAGUUUUAAAAUAAUAACUAAAUAAUUAAAAAAGUUGAUAUAAAGGCUCAUCCUGUUGAUCUCACUCCAAUUAUUGGAAGAAGAUCUCAGAUCAGUUUCCUUUGGUUUGUAGUCACUCCCAGGCUUUCAGGUAAUCACUUCCUUUUGCUACUGAACUAAAAGCUUCUCUACCCUCCUAAUGCCAUUUCCAUAACUGUCUACUGCAGCUUCAUCAGUAGAGCUUUUGCUUCAGUGGGUGAUGGAUGUUGAGCCUUAUUGUUCUCCUGGUAUGGAUUAGCCUAGCUCGCCUGGCUGACUGUGGUGUAACAAUUGCUUCCGUCCUGCUUGUCUCUGACGGAGGCAACCUGAUAGCGAAGUGAUUUCCUGCAGCAGAAAUUUAUGAGGUUCUGCAGAGAGUUGCAGCGGUAUUUCUGGAUCCUGCCGGCCCAUUGGUCUGAAGUGGCGCUGCUACCAUAAAGAGGUCUGGCUUUCCAGCUGAGGUGGCACUUCACACCAUAUAUACAUUUAUUGUUUGGGACUUGGCAGUAUCUCCCUCUUCUUCUGCUGCAGCUCCUUGUCCUCAUCACUCCUGCAGCUUGCUCCAUUCACUCUGCCAGGAAGCAGCAGUGAGAGGCACCUUUAGAUUUGCUUUACAGGUAGGACAACAGAGGAUCCUGAAAAUGCAUUUGACUGAAUAUUUUUUUAAAUUGUUGAACAAUGCAUGACACUUUGAUACAUGGUGAAAAGUGCCAGAUACUGAGAAAACGUUCAGCUUCCAUUCACAUAGAGACUUUUGGUCAGGAUGAGCUAAUUUAAAGUUUAUUGCUUUAUGUCAAAUAAAAUCAUUGCAUUUUAUUCUCAUUGCAACAAUUUUUAUUCUUGAUUGAAGUAUUCCUUUUGAUUCCUGCUUGGCGUUAAGUUUAGUAAGCCUGCUUCUGGACCCGGUUGGUGUCAGUAACUGUAUUGACCUUAAGAUGUUUGAAUCACUUGAACUGCUGCGACUCGCUGCUGUGAGCCACAUUUUUGUCCAGUACUGGUGUCUAUUUGUGCUCGGCCCUUCGGCUCACUGUUGCCAGUUCAGGCUCAGGUGAUAUGUCUUCCAUAAGGCCAGCUGUUUAGCACAGUGACUGAGGCAUCUGGACCCACCCAGCUAAAACUGGCUGCUUUGGGAGCCUGAUUGUAUUUAUUCUAAAACAUGUUCUCUUUCCUGCAGAGAGAUAGUUUGUGUGCCUAAAACUGUUUUCUCUGUCUGAACAGGGUGUGAAGAUCAAGCACAGCCAAAUGUCUGAGGGAAAGAAAAUGUCAUCGAGCCGCAGGCAUCAACUGAAGAGCCUGAUGCUGCAGAUUGCUACCAAAUGGCUCGAGGAGGAGAAGAAAUCAAUUGCAGCUGCAAAAGAGGCCUACCUUGCUGAAAACUGCCCACUGCCUGACCUCAGCGGAGACACAGCUGCCCUCACGGAAAUCUGCAAGCAGCUCCAUGCUGCCAUUGACAAGAUUGAUGAGGCGAGGUAUGAUGCAGAGGCCAAAGUUCAGAAGGCUGAUAAAGAGAUUGAGGAUCUGAAGCUGAAGGUGGUGGAUCUGGCUGGAGUGAAGAAGCCCGCCCUGAAGAAGGUGCGUAUGUCCGCCGACGCCAUGCUGAAGGCUCUGCUGGGCUCCAAACACACGGUCAACAUGGACCUGAGGGCCAACCUGAAGCAGGUCAAGAAGGAGACCAAAGAGGAGCCAACAGAAGCAAUCGGCGACUGGCGUAAGAACAUUGAGGACAAGGCCGACAGGAAGAAGAUGUUUGAGUCCUCCUGAAACUCUGCAGGACUGUGGCAGAUGAUAGCAGGGGAGACAGGUCUGACUGACGGGGUGCACCUCUGUGUCCCCUGUCAGGGCCCAGAGCGGAGCACUCUGUCUUGCUUUUCUAAUUGUCUGUGAGCACACUAUACUCCUGUGAGAGUAUAACUACUGGCUGAGAAACAUCACAUCAGAAUGUACCAGUUUUCAUGAAAGCAGUAGAAAUAAAUGUUUUGAAAUAUGA